GGAGAAUCCUUAAAAGAAAAGGCAAAAAAAUGUUUAAUUCAUCAGAAGGCCUCAAUUUUAUAAUAUAAAUUUUAAAUUGAUCCCAAACUUCAAAACAUUUUAAUUGUAUCUUUAAAGUAUUAAUAUUCUAUCAACCAAAUUCUUGUAUCACCUUAGUCAUUAGCUUGGAUAUCAAACAUCAAUUUAAAUAUGAGGUGAAACACAUUUAAUCACAUAGUUCAAAUUAUAAAUAUAUUUAUUUAUCAUAUGAACAAUUUGGAUCACACAUGUUAAUAAAAUAACUUUCUUAAAUUUAUUAGCUCAAUAUACUUUUUAAUAUAUCAUAUUCAAAUUAUUCAUAAAUGUAGGUACAAAGUUAUUUGGUGUUUAAUCCACUUGUUUUGAUUUUUAAAUAUGCUUUAUAUCAAGUUUGAACUAAUAUCUAAUGUUGAAAUUAAUACACAUGCUGACAUAGGGUAGGUUUGGAUGGACGAUACGUUUAUUUGCGAUUAAUGUAAAGACAAUAGUGGCGGUGAUAUUAGGUAUUACACUAAUAUUGUAGCGUGAGACAAAAAGUAAGCUAAAUGCACUGCACUCCAUCGCACUCCACCGUCCGUCCAAACCCACCCAUAAUGACCUGAUAGAUAUAAUAUUUAUAUUUUAAAUAUUUGAUUAGAAGUUUAGAGAAUAAUUUAAACUUUAAGCAAUAGUGUAGGGACUGUUAGUGAAAUUAAUCCAAAAGUCGUUGGGCCUGGUCACAAAAAACCUGUCAUAAAAACUGUUAUGAUUUCUUUUGUUAUGUUUUACUUGGACGGCUCAACAAUCGAAACAACGAAACCCUCCAUCUCUCUCUCCCCUGAUUGCCCGACAACCCGAAAAUCUCCCUUCACAUAGAAUUCGAUUAGCUAAAUGAAGAAGGAAUAUAUACCCGAUAAAGGUCGGAGCUUACCCGUGGAUCCAAAUCUCCCCAAAUGGAUCUGCCAGAACUGUCACCAUUCCCUCUGUAUCGUCGGAUUCGAUUCCUACGUCGACAAGUUCCCCAACGACUCUUCUCGAUCAGCAAUGCAGGGGGCUUCGAUUCAUGGAGCUAGCAGCAUGCUGGGUUCAACACGAAUGGAUAACUCUUUCGUCGUGCUGCCAAAGCAAAAGCCCUUGGCCCCAGGAAUCCCUCCACGACCUCGUGGCAUUCCUGGUCAGCCUGAUACUGGCCAAGCUAGGAAAGGUAUGGAAGAAUCAUUUGUGGUGGUUGAUAAAUCAGAGUCUGCUUCUGAUGGAAGUGGGACGCAAUUACCAUCGUCAGAAGGUGGACCAAGCAGUUCUUUGCAGCCGAACAACUCUGGAUUUCACUCAACUAUUACUGUCCUGAAGAAUGCAUUUGAGAUUGCCACGACUCAGACACAGGUUGAACAACCAUUAUGCCUUGAGUGUAUGAGGGUGUUGUCUGACAAACUUGACAAGGAGGUUGAAGAUGUGACUAGGGAUAUCGAAGCAUAUGAAGCCUGUCUUCAGCGCCUGGAGGGGGAACCACGAGAUGUACUCAGCGAGGCUGAUUUUUGUAAGGAGAAAUUAAAGAUCGAGGAAGAAGAAAGAAAACUUGAAGCAGCAAUUGAAGAAAUAGAAAAACAGAAUGCUGCAGUAAAUGCAGAACUAAAAGAAUUAGAGCAAAAAUCAAAACGAUUCAAAGAAUUGGAAGAGCGGUAUUGGCAAGAGUUUAACAACUUUCAGUUUCAAUUAAUCGCUCAUCAGGAAGAGAGAGAUGCCAUUUUGGCUAAGACUGAAGUUUCACAAGCACAUUUGGAGCUGUUAAAGCGAACUAACGUGCUCAAUGAUGCUUUCCCUAUCUGGCAUGAUGGAGAAUUUGGAACUAUAAACAAUUUUCGUCUUGGACGACUGCCUAAAAUUCCAGUUGAGUGGGACGAAAUAAAUGCUGCCUGGGGUCAAGCUUGCCUCCUACUUCAUACAAUGUGCCAAUAUUUCCGACCAAAAUUUCACUAUCGGAUAAAGAUAAUUCCCCUGGGUAGCUACCCUCGGAUAAUGGACAGCAACAACAAUACAUAUGAGUUGUUUGGUCCAGUGAACCUGUUCUGGAGUACACGGUACGACAAAGCAAUGACACUAUUCUUAACUUGCCUCAAGGACUUUGCUGAGUUUGCAAAUGCCAAGGAUCUAGAAAACAACAUUCCACCUGAGAAAUGCUUCAACUUACCCUACAAGAUCGAGAACGAUAAAGUUGAAAACUACUCCAUCACACAAAGCUUCAAUAAGCAAGAGAAUUGGACCAAAGCUUUGAAAUAUACCCUCUGUAAUCUUAAGUGGGCUCUCUACUGGUUUAUUGGAAGCACCAAUUUCCAGCCUCUAUCCGCCAUGGUUUCUUCAGCUACCGAAGUUCCAGCUGUGGGCUCUUUAUACGCAAAACGUGGUACUGAUCCCAAAUUUGUAGCUCGAAAGCCAUCAACUUCGUGAUAGAGAUCUGUGCAUAACAUGAAUAUUAUGUAAAUAGUGGCAGACUUUUAGUUUUGUGAGGUCGAACCAUUAUGUUUGUUGUCUGAUAGCAUCGCAUUUAAAACGUAAAAUAUUUUUACAGUUUCUUACCAAAAACACCAAUAUAAUUAGUCCUUAAGCGCCGGCUUGUUGAUUCAUGCAAAAAUGAGUUUUAAAAGUCAAAA